GGGACUUCCAACAAACAGCUAGUGGCUUUAAAGCCACCGUCUCUCCAACCAUUUCUUUCACCACCUAUUGCUCCCCACCACUCAUUACACUGGCAACCACCACCACCACCUAAUAACUCCUCCCAUGCCAACCGUUUUGCUGAGGAUUUCCCUCAUCUGCCACCUCCUUAAGACCCUCCUCCACUACUUCCUCCCCAAGAAGCUUAGCUUCCUCCGCACCGCGAAGGUGUCGGCCCCCCGGGUGUUCAUCCUGGCGACGCCACCGGGAAUGGACCCGUCGGAGCUGAAGCGCGUCUUCCAGAUGUUCGACCGCAAUGGCGACGGUCGCAUCACGAAGAAGGAGCUGAGCGACUCGCUCGAGAAUCUGGGGAUCUACAUCCCCGAAGGAGAUCUCGAGGCCAUGAUCGAGAAGAUCGAUGCCAACGGGGAUGGGUGCGUGGACGUGGAGGAGUUCGGAGCGCUGUACCAGAACAUCAUGGACGAGCGGGACGAGGAGGAGGACAUGCGGGAGGCGUUCAACGUGUUCGACCAGAACGGGGACGGGUUCAUCACGGUGGAGGAGCUGCGGUCGGUGCUGGCGUCGCUGGGGCUGAAGCAGGGGAGGACCGUCGAGGACUGCCGGAGGAUGAUCAGCAAGGUGGACGCCGACGGGGACGGGAUGGUGAACUUUAAGGAGUUCAAGCAGAUGAUGAGGGGAGGGGGCUUCGCGGCCUUGAGUUAGAAUGGUUGAUGGAUGGAUGGAUUAAAGGAAACAAAAAGUACGAGAUCAAGAACUCGACAUAUGCAUGCAGUUUGUUGGUUCAUGGGAUUUGAUUGGUUUCAUCUUUUUGUUUAAAUUGGAUUUAUGUUCCUUUUUUUUUCCUUUGUUUUUUUGGCUGUAAAAGUUUUUAGUGUACAUGGGUUGUUCUUCAAUUUGGCUCCUUCCUCUUUAAUCAAUUUGGUAGAUGAAUGCUCUAAUGGAGCGUUAAAAA